UAGAAUACUGAUGAAAUUAACGAUCAGAGAUUGAUGCUUCAUCGUUGUUUGCAAGUUUGGUGAUCAUCGAUCAAUUCAAUUUCACGAAUAUGAUAUCACGGUGGUGUUAUCAUUUUGGUGAAGUGCCGGUUGGAGUAUAAAAACCCGAGGUGAAAUGAAUUUUGUGUAAAGCUUUAUUCAUUUGAAGACGGUAUCAUAAUUCAUCGCAAGAUGAAAUUUCUUAUAGGAAUUGUCGCUGUUUUAGCUGCAUUCAUUUCGCAAGGUGAAGCAACUUUCGCUGAAGAGCUGAAUAGUACAAUCUCGAAAGUUCAUAACAUCAGAUCGUCUCUGGAGUUGUAUAAGACUCACAUAGCAGAGCAAGAGGGUACUAAAUUCCAAGUUGUUAUAGAAGACUCUCAACGCCAAGGGAUUUUAACGAUUGGUGCAGCCCUUACCAAUUGGGAAGAUGAGAAAUGCAAGGGAAUAUUAGUGUCCAAGGUCUCAUUAAUUGUGGAAAUGGUAGAUAGAAUUUUGAUGAAAUGUUUUGGUGACAACCUCCCUCGCUGGAAUUCCUACGCAUCACAAAUUGAUAAACUAGUAACUAUUGGUGAGACAAUCGUAUCGCAGGGUGACAUGAUGAAAAAUUAUUGCUCCAAGGUUUCUACUGACCUUGAACAAUGCCUGGAGGAUAAUCUACCUUACAUAACGAAUUUAGCCGAAUCCUACGAACGAGCGGAAUUACAGUUGAGAGUAAAGGUCCAGGUUGACAGUGGUUCAGGAUUUAUUCAAACCGGCGCCUGCAUUCAGAGAUCAACUGACAACAUUUUUACCGAAAUUCAGGAGUCCAUUGACGACAAAGACGUACUGCAAUGUUUAAAUGUCGCGAAUACAUCUAACCUCAUGAGAUCUGCACUUUUCAGUUAGAAAAACAAUGUCUUAAUAUUUUAAACGAAUGUUUCAACCCAAAAUCCAUGUAUUUGAAAAAGAAAAAUUUGACAAAUCAAUAAAGUUGCACAAUUUAUGAGCUACAGUA